GGAAUUCCUGGGACACCUGGACCCAAAGGCAACAAGGGAGAAGCCGGCGUUGGAGCCGCCGGCCCCAGAGGUCCCCAUGGAUUCCCUGGCCCUCGGGGUGACGAGGGCAUCGUGGGAAUGCGGGGUCCCCCCGGAAUGAUGGGUCCAAAAGGCUUCCCAGGCAUGAAAGGGCUACAAAGGCACCAAAGGAGAUCCCGGUGAGCAGGGACUGCCAGGUUUUGAUGGAGACAAAGGCGAGAAGGGAGAGGACGGACCCGUAGGAGAAAAGGUGGGAACUUCCCAAAGUUCCUGUGAGGAAGGGACUGGGGGUGGUGGAAGGAAUUCCCAGAAAAAUUAUGGAUACCCUUGGAUUUCUGGAACAGAAUUCCCAGAAGAAUUGUGGCUACCCCAUCCUUGGAAGUGUCCUAGGCCAGGCUGGAUGAGACUUGGAGCAGCCUGGGAUCAUGGAGGGUGUCCCGUGGAGGGCUGGGAUAGGAACUGGGUGAUCUUUAAAGUCCCUUCCAUCCCAAACCAUCCCGGAAUUCUCAGGCCACACCCAGCUCUG